AGUAGCGAAAGUGCGAGCGGCAGUGGAGUGAUAGAAGGAAGCAGGAGGAGGAGGAAGGGAAAGCUGCCAAAAGGAGGGAAUGGCGCUGAAUGUGCGAGUGGGAAAUGAAGCAGGGAAUUCUUGACAGGAGCACUGAGAAAAGUGAAGAAAUCAAUGGAAGAGUUCUGACAUGAUUCAACUGAAAUUUCCCACAAAGUAUAAUUAUAAAUACCUACAUAGUAGGUAGAAGCUGUAUCUUUUCUACGUGCACUUUAUCUUUUGGUGUAAUUCAUUGAACUAAAAAGUUCAAAACUUUUUAUACCGUUUGAACCACUAAAGCUAUAUUGUUUAUAAUAUUUAAAAUAUAAAGCCAAAUCCUAUUUUUACAGUGCAUGCGGAAGUUUUAGACAUGCACAUUUUGAAAUAAAAGCAAAUACAGAAACUGAUGAGUAUAUAUGAAAAUAUAAAAUUACUGCCAUAUACUUUUUUAAAGUAUAUUGUUGGAUUGCCAUGUCUAAAGAUGACCUGUUGGAGGAAGACAUUUGGGAGUACAAAUCUAUUAGAAAGAUAACUUCAAUAAGCUAUGAUUUGGAAUCCAUCUCUCAAAAUGUACAAAACUCAAAUGAUGGAAAGGAUAAGUCACAAAGAGGGGGCAAUGAGAGAGCCUCCAAAGAGAGAGAGACCUCUAAGAAGACGAAGCAGGGACAGAGGAAGAGACGUAGUAAAGCAACCUUAAAACCAGAGCAGCAGUGUAGUGUUCCCAAUGAUGACCCCAUUCCAGAGUCACAAGAAGGCGUGCCAUCAACUUCUGCAAAACCAAAGAAAAGCUGCAAGAAACAAAGCCCAUCAAAACCACGGCCAGUUUAUGAAGGGUACUGCCCAAGUUGUCAGAUGCCUUUCUCUUUGUUGUUGAUCCAGACACCUCAGUGGCAUGUUACAGAAUGUUUGGAUGGCAAAAGCACAGCUGAGAAAGAAUGCCCUGAUGGUUUUCUGUGCACAUCAACCAUUCCUUCUCAUUACAAACGGUACAGCCAUUUACUUCUUGCAGAAAGCAGAGCUGGCGAAUACAUCCCUGAAUUCUUGUCAAAUAGUAUAGAGAAUAAUUCCUUUGUGUGGGGUACUGUUCCGUCCACUGGACCUAAUGCCUUUGAUUCUGGGAUAGAUCUGAAUGAUUCCCAGAAUAUGGGAAAACCUCCAAAGCAGAACUCAAUACUCGCAAACAGUAUGAAUGUAAACAAUGAAAGAACUUCCUCUUUAGACAAUAUUGAAGGAUCUAAAGAAAAAACAUAUCAUACAGAUGAUACAAACUAUAUUGGAUUCUUUGGCUCACUUUCUCAGGAAAACGGUGAGGAUUUAAAGAAUCAACAUGGUUCUUAUCAAGUAAAUACACUCACUUUCGAUGCCAACUCCACUGAGUGUGACAUUUCUUACUCUCCACUGAAUACUGAUGAGGAAGAGGCUAUGCUGACAGAAGAAGAGGCAGAAGAAGCAAAUCAUUUUACAAAAAGACAUUUUGACUUAAGAGACAUAGAGAAGAAGAAUGAAGGAGGUGGAGGUUCUGUGUUUAAUGCCUCACCUCUAAAGACAUUAAAUUAUAACAGCGUUGAAAGAAUACAAGCUUGCAAAAAAAGCAAUGACUCCUCUAAGAUACUCAGUAUUCUUAAAGACAAAGGUACAAAGCCUCUCUCCAAAGAUAUAGUUAAUAGAGUUUACAGUUCAACAAAUGGUGAGGUUUUAAAACUUCCCACAGAAGACUGCACUAUUCCUGUUGAGAGCAAGAGAACUAGGGAGCACUUUGAGAGGUUUAAUUUGAAUACAGGUGCCUUGAAUACAGGUGAACAUGGUUGGAGCGACUGUAAUGGCUCUAAUUGGGCUAGUGAAGAUUCAGCUGUUCAGAACACAUUACUAACUUCAGAAGAUGGUGCUAUGUCUUUUUGUUUGGGCCAAAAGAAAGUCAGACGUUGCUUGGAUAAAACUGUUGCUGGCACCGAUAGAAACAACUUAGAUUCUAACAGCAUAGCUAUGUCUGUUUUUCCUAGUCCAGCCUCUAAAAUAUUGCCAUGUGUCUCUACUGCAGUCAAAUGCUACCCUGUAAAGGAACUAAAACAAAUGGAUAUUGGUGUUUUCUUUGGACUAGAACCCAUAGCAAAAAUGGAGGGCAAGGAAAAGAAAAAUCUUAGUGAUAAUGUGCAAUCUCUGAGUCCACUAUUUGCCACAGGGACAAGGCCUCAAACUCGAAAGAGGAAAGCUAAGGGUUCAGUGGAAGAUUCAGAUGGGAUUCCUGAAAGUUCAGGCAGGAAUACAACACCUGGUGGACAGAGAAGGUGGAGGAAGAAAUUUAAAGAAUCGUGUCCUGAUGAAGAAGGAACAAGAAAAAAACAAUGUCCCUUUUAUAAGAAGAUUCCAGGAACAAGUUUUGUGGUUGAUGCGUUUCAGUAUGGAGAAAUUGAAGGAUGCAAAGGAUAUUUCCUUACACAUUUCCAUUCUGAUCAUUAUGGUGGUCUAACUAAAAAGUUUACAUUCCCAAUAUAUUGUAAUAAGAUAACUGGAAAUUUGGUGAAGAGCAAACUUCGAGUGCUAGAAGAAUACAUCCAUAUUCUGCCAAUGAAUACAGAAUGCAUAAUAGAUGGUAUCAAAGUGGUGUUACUUGAUGCUAAUCACUGCCCUGGUGCUGCAAUGAUUCUUUUUGCCUUUCCAAAUGGCACUGCUAUUUUACAUACAGGAGACUUCAGGGCACAUCCUUCCAUGGAGCGCUAUCCUUUUCUGAUUGGCCGGAAAAUUAAUACUCUUUACUUAGAUACAACAUACUGCAGUCCUGAAUAUACAUUUCCUUCCCAGCAAGAAAUGAUCCAAUUUGCUGCCAAUACUGCCUUUGAGAUAGUGACCUUAAACCCUCGAACAUUAGUUGUUUGCGGUACCUAUUCUAUUGGAAAAGAAAAGGUCUUUCUAGCAAUAGCUAAUGUUCUAGGCUCAAAGGUGAGCAUGUCCCAAGAAAAAUAUAAAACAUUGCAGUGCCUGGAAUCAACAGAAAUAAAUUCCCUCAUCACCCUGGACUGGAAUAAUACCUUGCUUCACCUUCUGCCUAUGAUGCAAAUUAAUUUUAAGGGUUUGCAAAACCACUUGAGUAAGUUUUCUGCGAAAUUUGAUCAAAUUCUGGCUUUUAAACCCACUGGAUGGACUUAUUCAGAUCAGUGCUAUUCUUUGAAUGAUAUCCAACCACAGACCAGAGGAAACAUCACCAUCUAUGGGAUUCCUUACAGUGAACACAGCAGCUUUGUUGAAAUGAAACGCUUUGUCCAAUGGUUGAAACCACAGAAGAUUAUCCCUACUGUAAAUGUGGGUAAUUGGAAAACCAGAAAUGAAAUGGAAAAACAUUUCAGAGACUGGAAAAUGGAUACUCCUGGAUGGAACUAGGAACUGAGGGAAAUUUGUGUCAUGCUUUACAUUCCAUUUUAGUUUUUCUUUCUUAUUCUUUGACCUUGAAUCAUGGAGUCACUGUAUUAUGAUAGGAAUCUCAUGCUGAUUAAUAAAAUAAUACUAUUUAUCAGGAAAAUGAUGAAAUCUGUUGAGAUACAGACUCAUUAAAUAACUUAUAACUUAAUUGAUAAGGUAAUGGCUGCUGACAGUACUGUCAUAUUGAAGUAUCUGUUUAAUUCUAACAUUUAGCCCAUUUCAUCCUCUGGAGAUGUCCCACAAUACUAAGUACAGAUCAGGAAAAAUUUAUAAAUUGGUAACAUGGAUUUGUAGAAUAUCAGUUUCUUUCAUAGAAGUGAAAACAAACUAUUUAACUUAUUUGCAAACUUUGUAUUAUAACUAAAGGUUCAAAAAGCCUGUGAUUGUACUGUAUACAAAAUGCUGAAUUCACUUCAAGUGGUAUACACUAAUAAUAUUUUAUGUUCUAUAUGCUUAUAAAAGAAAUAUAUUUUAAAUAAACUAUCUAAAUGCA